GAAAAUUUGAAGAACUCUGAGAGCACAAAAGAUAACUCAUCAUGGACCAAGGCAGAGAUCCAAGAGCAGAGAACACUCACCAGGCUAUUUUUUAUGCAUAUGGAACUUAUUUAUGCGGCUCUCAGCAGGGGGCGCAAAUAAGCCACCAACAACAAUGGUUAUCUUCUGGUGCUUCCAAUCAAGUCCCAUCCCAUGGAAAUUCCUGGAUACAACACCGAGUGUAUGGUUUCAAUUCAAUGCAUGGAAAUGCUGAAAAUAAUGCAAUGCCAACAACUUCUUUUGCUAACUACAAUACUUUUGACAGCAAAGAGAUGAGCUUGCCUACAAACCUGGAAUCAGACACUUUGAAUGGCAAGUCCAAUAAAAUAUCUUGUACACUCCAACAACCUGUUAACACCAUGUCACAAGAAGGGCAUGUCUCAUACAUGCAGCUGCUCCUAGCUGCUGAACAAGAGGGAGCUAUGUAUGGAUCCUCACAAUCACAACAAGAUCACCUUGUUCAUACCGAGAAUGAUACAUUCAUGAUAACUGGACGAUAUGGGAGAUCACCACAACAAUUGUCACAGGCAGAAACUGGUUUUCCAGCUCAACAUUCAUCUGAAGUUGAUACACAAGAAGAUCCAGAGCUUGAGCCGUUUAUUGACAACCGUUUCAGAGAAAGCUUAAAUGAUUUGAACUAGGAUAUUGAUAUGCACAUGGAUGGAGAAGCAAACAAAAACUCCUUGAUAAUGUCAAGUGAUAAUGCUUCUGACAGUGAUUUUGAUGAUUAUCUUUCUCCGGCAUUGAUGGAAAGAAUCUCUGACAUGAGGGUUACAACUGUUGGAGAACAUGACAAUAGUGGUGCUGUUGCAAUGGGUGAAGUUGAGAAACUGACACAAGAAGAUAUACUUAUAUUCCUUGAAAAUGAAAGUAUAGUUGCUGCUCAAACUUGUAGCCAAGAAGUUCGCAGCCACCAUGUACCUCUUCUUGACAUGGUCUUCGAUACACAGGAUGCUGCUUAUGGAUUUUACAAUGAAUACGCCUUAAUUUGUGGAUUUUCUGUGAAGAAGGCAGCGCGCUUUUGUGGUAAAAAAACAAGGUGGCACUGCGCCAACUCGGCUCAUGUUCAAGUGCAAUAGGUCACGGAAGAUAAUUGACGAAGAAGAACAAGAGAAUAGGAGGAAGAAACGACGUCAGGCAAGGCAACAAAAGACUGGACAGGAGCCAUACCACAAUGCUAGAAAGAAAAAAGCAAACACCAUUGAUAUAACUGAUUGCAAACCUCAGCUCAUUCUUGUAAAGAAGGACGGGAAGUGGGUGAUAACAACCAUAAACCUAGAACACAACCAUGAACUCAGUCCUCCCACAGAAGUAAAAUACCUCCGUUCUCACAAUUACAUGACAGAAGAGGAGAAACUCCUAAUCCGAACAUUCAAUGCUGUCAAAUUACCAACAAGGAAAAUAAUGGCGAUCCUAAGUUUCUUGAGAGGAGGGAAUACUCCUUAUACCAAGAAGCAUGUGAGCAAUGUUAGGACAGCAAUUGGCAAAGAGAGCAACCAAAAUGAUAUGAUGUAGGUGCUAAUAUUUUUCAGAAAGAUGCAAGCUGAAGAUCCUCAGUUUUACUAUGCAUUCAAGACAACAAAAGUCUCUGAUGAAGAUAGUAAAGUUUUGUGCAUUUUCUGGGUUGAUGGCUAUUCUAGGAAAAUGUAUGAACUAUAUGGAGACUGCCUCAGCUUUGACACCACAUUUAAAACAAACAGAUACAACCUACCGUUUGCUCCUUUUGUUGGUAUCACAGGACAUGGUUAGAAGUGUUUGUUUGCUUGCUCUAUCAUUGAGAAUGAAACAACAGACACCUUUCAGUGGUUGUUUGAGACGUUCUUGCAUUGCAUGGGAGGAAAAUCUCCGCCCACAAUUAUCACAGAUGAGGAUGCUGCAAUGAAGACAUCUAUCCCUUUAGUUUUUCCACAUAUCUGCCAGAGGUGCUGUUUGUCGCAUAUAAAAAAGAAGGCUGAGGAAAACUGUACCAGGACAUUUGCAACACAUAAAAACCUACAUGAUGAUUUCAGCGAUAUUAUACACAACUCUCUAACAGUGGCUGAGUUUGAGAAAUUGUGGACAGACAUGAUACAGGGAUACAACAUUGGGCAUGUCAAGUACUUCUUCCCCUUCAUACACUCUACUGCACGUAGUGAAGGCACGAAUGCCAUUUUCAAGGACAACAUCACAUCAACUCACAAUGUCAUUAGCUUCCUACAAGAGUACCAGAAAAUAUCUGAAACUAUCCAAGAUAAAGAGAGGGAGCAAGACUCUAUCACUAGAACAACUUCGCCAACAUUCUGGGCACGAAGUGAACUUGAGUUGCAAGCUGCAAAAAUGUACAACCGGAAAACAUUUUACAGAUUCGAAAAAUAGAUAAAGUUUAAGUUUGAACUUGCAUGUUGAAGAGGUUGAGAGGAAUGUGAGUUAUGAAGUAUACAAGACACCAAUGCUUGCUGAAAAAGAUUUCAGAACACGAAGAUUCGUUGUGAUUGUGGACAUGCAGCAACAGGAUUUCAGUUGUAUCUGUGGAAAAUUUCAGAAGGAUGGCAUUGUCUGCAGCCAUGUUUUGAGGGUCCUUUCUCAUCUGAACAUGUCCACGCUUCCUGAAAAUAUUACAUCGACAGGUGGAGGCCAAAAAAUAGGAAGGACAUACGAGACAUUCAUUUCAAUGUCCCUUUGGAAUUAACUGUUGGAAGUCAACACUUGAGGUAUACCCUGCUCUCUAAUAGGCUCAGUGACAUGGCCUCUGAUGGUGCAUCAACAAAUAGAAAAUAUCUCUAUCUUGUGAAAGAAAGUGAAAGGGUGCAACAGAGGUUGGAUGAGAUGACUAAAGAAGAUGAGCUUGCCGAGACAGAAAAAAGGAAUGUUCACAAGGACACAACUGAUUUUGAGGCAACACCGCAUCCUGACGGUUAUGGGAACAAACUUCAGGAUCCUGAUGUUGCGGUAUCAAAGGGUCGUCCGCAAAAAGGCCGUUACAAAACUUUUAUGGAAAACUUACAAUCUAAGCAGAAAGUUACUUGCAGUCAGUGCGGAAAACAUGAUCAUAAUAGAAAUACUUGUAUGGAAACACUUGAUGAUGGAGGUGUCGCUCAAAAAGAAAAACGCAGCCAAAAACGUGUUCAAGUCUCAGCUGGGGAAACUAGACAGAAGGAAACAUCUCACGCAAACCUGAAGAAGAAGGCGAGGAAAGAAAACUGAAAAAGUAGUUGCUAUGAGUUGAAGAAGGCAUUUGUUCAAUUUUUUCUAUUGUUCCUGCUAGGGGCUAGAAAUGUAAUUUUAGAAAAUUGUGAUUCUCUAUAGAUGAUAGCACUUUCUCUAUUUUA